AUGGAGAGCCAGGAAGACCUCGGGAUGGACCGCAAGGCUUCCAAAGCCCAGCGGUUCUUCGGCACCGAGCUAUCACUCCCCGAACAUACACAAACAUGGGAGAAGAAACAACGCCGACCGAGCUAUAAAACACCGCCCAGCAGUUCCCGCAGUGCCCCAAGGCAGAGCAUGGGCUUGACGCCUUUUCCCUCGGAGAAUGCGCCCAUCCCGGACCAGAACCUGCGCGUGCGGGCUUCGUCGCCUCUGUUGGGCGUGGACUACCGAUCGCAAGAGGCCGUGCCGCCGCUCCCCCAAGCCCUCGAAAAAAAUCCACCACUCUGCUCCAAGGAUUCGUCCAAGUCGGCCAAGACCGAAUCACUCCAGCCUAGGGUGCGCAAUGGAUUGGGUCUUGAGCCGCAAGUGACAUUCAGCGAGGCGCCGAAUCCACCGAAAGAGUCGAAGCGGAAGAUGCGUCCUCCCAGAAUUGAUCUUUCCGUAUUGUUCCCAAAGCCUCGGAAUACCAGUGCGCCUGGUGGUCUGUUGUCUCCACAACGCAUGACCAACUCCCCUUCCCCUGUUUCAACUGUGGUGUCGGAGUUCCCUCCCAAUCCUCCCCAUAUGCCCAUUUCUAUUCCCAGCAAGGCGGAAAGGACUACCGGCCAUUCGAGCAAGAGAUAUUCGGAAGCACCGCCUCGUCGAUCAUCCCUUCAAAAGCACGAGCCCCACAAGAGCGAGUCAUCUAAAAAGCUCGUUGACAGUUCGGAUCUGCCAUCUAUCGCUGAGACCAAAAACAGCGAGUGGUAUGACCAGCCGCUGGAGCGCACGGUAGGAACAAGCGAGAUCGAUCUGGCCCUGGACAGAUACGCAGGCCGGCGCUCGCUCUUCAGUCGCUCCAGUGUAUAUUCCAACAGCCGAGAGAAUCUGCCAUUAGAACGGCAACGGACCCCGGAGUCUAAACCGCCCCCAAGGCGCGCUCAAAGCCCCUCUACCAGGGCUAAGGAUAUGUAUCUGAGCCCGACUGCUCGCCCAGAGACGGUUCGUCCUCGCGGCAUGAGUGCCUCGCAGGAAUCCUGGAAGACCAAGAAGAGCGAAAAGAGCUCGACAUCUAAGAAAAGCAACAAGAGCACCCUGAAGAACAAGGAUCUGCAAAACUCCAGUGUUCUUUGCCUUUCCUCUUCAUCCGAGGACGAGGAUGAAGAAAUUACUCCCACUGAGCCGAAGCGCAGUGGAAGGAAGAACUACAGGGACAGUGUCGCUACCUUUGACGAUGAUGAACCUGAGAUCUUCACAGCUUCUACAGCAAAGGCGACCACAGCCACAACUCCCACUCUACGCCGCUUUGAUCGGCAGCCAUCAACCGGCAGUCUCAAAUCCCAACCUGAAAAGAGUCAGCCGGCUCCAGCGCGUCGCAAGGCUUCUCAUUCCUCUACAGGGAAGUCUUCCACCGGCAAGUCUUCACAGGCAACCCGUCACACUACUCAAACUCGUCGCUCGAGUGGGGUUCCCACCAUUGAGGCAGACCUUCUCGCACAGUUCCCCCAGCAGCCUCUUCGCUCCCCUGCAGAGUUGAAGGAACUGAACCGGAGAAGUCGUGUCAUUGCUGUGACCCGGCAAGAACAGGACCUCCUCGAGGCCAUGCGUGUUCGAAAGGGCAAAGUCACACCGAGUCUCUUCAACUAUGGAAACCUCCCCGAAGCAGACCGACGCUCAAUCCUCUCAGGUCCCUCGCGCGAUUCCUUCUGUGGAUCUGAUACCUCCUUCCUACGUCUCAGCAACGUUUUCCCGCCAUUCAAUACUCCCUCAGUGAAAGGUGCAGCCCACUUGGACAAUGAUGGCACACCCUCCCAAAGCUCAGGCUCUGAUACUGAACAGAAAACCGGUAACUCAGUUGCCUCCCCGGGCUUCAGUGCCAAUUACUCCGAGAGCCUGCCCUCUCCCGCCACUAGCGGUGCCUCGCCGCUCACUCCCACCCUCCCCAUCCAUCGCUUCUCGCCGCUUCCGUCCCCCAAGCCGCCCCCGAGGGGACCCCCGCCUGCCAUCCCCGAAGAUCAAAAGCGACACUCCCGCCGCCGCACUGAUAGCAGCGAAGCUAUCAUGCUGGAAGAGAGCUGUGACCCGAAGAGCAACGGGGGUCUUCCUCUCUGGUCGUUCAACUUCGAUUGGGACCAGGAGCGCGCCGGCAUUGCUACCGUGCACUGA